UCAAAUUUUAAGACUUCACAAUUUCGAGCAUUCAAGCCCCAAAUUUUUGCAAUAUGAACCUUGCAACUCUCACAUAUUAAAAUAUUGAAAUCCUGAACUGAAUUACGAAACUUUGUUUUGACUCCGUAAAAACUUAAAAUUGCAAAAUAGUGAAAGUUGCAAAGUCAGAUGGGACACCCGGUACACAUAAAAUAUAUCAAUAACUGCAAUAAAACAGCGAUUGGUGUCUAAUGAAUAUUGUAUAAACCGAGACAUCGAUAAUCCUUCGAGACACCCCGUGCCUCGCGUCCCUCCUCAAGGUUCCACGAGUUUGCGCGAUUCGUCCGUUUGUGUAAAACGUCCCGGUGUUUAUGCCGGAUCAGUUUGCUGUCACUCGUUACGUGUGCGAUAUCUCAAGCAUAUUCCUUUAUAAAUACGCUUCCAAUAAUCCUAGAGACGACCAAUUAUGUCUUCGUUUUGCCGAAUCACCGUGGGAAUUAAGGCAGUUACCGACGAUCGGUGUUGACUGUGUACCAUGCACCAAAAGCGAACAUCGGAGAAUCGCCCAGAAAUUCACGGUGAUAAAACGAAAGAAAGAGGCAAGAUCGAAGCUACACAAACCUCGAAUUCUUCUCGAGUGAAGGAAUCGAUAAAUAAGGGAGUGCUUUCGGAAUUGAUUGAACAAGUGAUGUUCGAUUGUUGGACGAUUCACAGAAAAUCGUGGCUAUAUAAGUUGUGACGAGUGGUACGAAUGAAAUUGGCAGACAGCGUGACGCCGGCUGAACGGAAACGUAAACACGCAUCUCGAUUCUGACGCAAGCAGUUAUCGACACUCGUGCAAAGAAGUAACCUUGAAUGACACGUCUGCCUAUCUGGACCGAUCUGACAACUCUACCGUCCAGGUGGUGUCUUGGCACGGUUCCCGAUGAGCCCCGUCCUGGAUCCUCGGCUUAGCCUGGGCUGUCUUCUCGGCCUCUGGACAGGAGUCUCUCCCCGAAUCGAGGACCGAGCUGUUCGUCCUCGAGGACACCGUCGGCCGCUGCGGAGGAAAAGGAGCCGUGUUAUCGACCAUCGAGAUGAACGCGAGCGAGAACGCGGGCGCAGUCGCGGUUUCGCCGCGUCUAAGUAGGCCAAAGCUGCGCGACAUCGCCCGCCUCUGUAUCAACAAGGUCAGAGCCUUCUAUGCCGGGGAAGUAGCCGCUGUCGCAACCGCCGCACCAGCNACCGCCUCUCGUGGGACGGGUCUCGCGGAACAGGGAGCAUCGGAGGCCGCCAUGGGCAACCUGCAGAGCGACGCCAAGAAGAAGGGCAAGAAGAGCCGCGGGGCGAAUGAUGGGACCGCUGGCACUCCCGACUCCGUGGAUGGCCUGGAGGACGCGACCGAUACCGGGGACGAUACCGGGGACACCGAGGAAACGCCGGUUAAGAAGACUGGGCACAAGGAGAGGGCGAGGGCCACUCACAAGAGACAGGCUCCGAGACCGCCUGGAUUCGCGGAGAGACAGGUACCGGAAGUUAAACCCGAGACUCCAGUGAAGCCGCAAGAACCGGAAGAGAAGGUUACUAGAGAAGGAUCAGAAGGAUCAGCGAUUGAGUCGGAAGCGAAAGACAAAGAGAACACGUUGUUGGUGCCGGUAACCAGUCAAAGUCAGAAACAAGGACCGGCGCUGUUGGUCACCGAUUCUUGGCGGUUGGCCAACAAGAGUCUGGUUGUGACGGAAAUCUCGAUGCCACCGAGUCAAGAAUCAUCGAGCGACAGCGUGUUUACCGACCCUGAAGAAUUAGCUGGCGCCGCGGAAGCUGCGAAGACGGAAACCACCGAUGCAACCUCGCCGCCGUUGAUUCUUCCCACCACCUUUGCAACGACCAAUGCUCAUCAGGUCGACCAUUCCAUAUCCCUGCCGUUAGGUGAGUCUCUUCCAUAUUUCUACUUUUUUCGACGCGUGACCUCGAUGCGAAAAUACGCUGGAAAAUUAUGUACAGGACGGUUCAAAUCUGGUGCUAAUGAUCUGAUGAGUUAUGAGGACAUCAUACUAAGGAUGAUCCUUAAUCUACUCUCGAUGCCGGACGAAGCUUGGAACGGUAGAGAAGCUAAGAACGGAGUUAUCAUAAGCUUGUACUCGCGUUGGAUGCGUGAAAUAGGUUCUCUGCUUGUCUCGUGUGUUUGCUUGCUUUCUAGAUAUCGCUGGGUCAGAAUGAUCAAAACGAUCAAGCGGUUUCUUCUUUCAGAACGACGACUCGUUGAUUCGCUGAUAACGGCACUGCCGGAACACCUUAAGUCCACCCUCACGGAUGCUGAGUUGGAACAAUUCGCUAACAGAAUCUACUCCAAAUUGGUAGCGGAUGGGGUUCUUGGCUCACUUACGGAUGCUGCCACGCACAAGGAGUCUGCGGAAGACCAAUCAGAAUGCAAAGACACGGGAUCCGCCUCCGUCAGUUUAAACUCGGAAAGCGUCUCCACGAAAGAUCGCCGCGACUCCGAAAAGGAAACAUUAAAACGCGAGUUAGAGCGUCUGCGGGAGCUCGCGAAAUAUGCGGACAAGACAACUCAGGUUAGAUCCACGCAGACGUCUCCUACGGCCGAGUACCCCGAGGGGAAUCUCGUGGAUUGUUCAAGGGUGAAGUACACAGACGCAGCGACAUCUCCGCUGGAGAAGUCCGUGGUUCGUGAUGACGUUCUUCAGGAAGCAGAUUCCUCGAAGGCCGGAAGCGAGGAGGAGAAGGAAGCGCAGGACCGACCGCGAGUGUCUUUGUCUUCUCCGGUUGCGUCUCCGGCGUCGCAAGUUUCGGUCACGUUUUCGAGCCCGCCUCCACCGCCUCCUCCGCCACCUCCGCCAUCACCUUUCUUGGACCACCGUUCUAUUAAUGAUUCCGCGUCGUUGCCUUCGUUCUCCAUACCUCCUCCGCCUCCGUUACCUGCGUGUUCGACGUCCGCACAGUCUGUGCCCUCUCAGCGAAGCAUCCCUUCGUCGUUACCGACGAUACCUCCUCCUCCGCCACCUCCACCUCCGCCUCCGCCACCUAUGGGAGGACCUCCACCGCCGCCUCCGCUUAUGGGAGUGCCGGGUGCACCUCCGCCACCGCCUCCUCCAGCGGGGAACGCACCGACAGGACCUAGUCCUUUACCUAUACCUCCGGUUGGAGGUUGGAACCCUGCAAGCAGAGCGUGUAUGAGAAAAGAACCUCUGUGUCCAGAGGUGCCCAUGAAGCCACUGUACUGGACGAGGAUCCUGGUGCCAGUGGUGCCAACAGAUCGUGGGUCCGUCGACGUUGCGGAUUCUGCCGUUCAGCAGGGUCCACUAUGGGCGGAGCUCGAGGAGGAGACAAAUCUAGACAUCAAAGAGUUCACCAGACUGUUUUCCCGCCAAGUGGCCGAGAGAAAACCGGUAAAAAAGGCGGACGUCGCUUCGAAACCGUCUAAAGUGCAACCGGCUAAGAUCCUCGACUCGAAGCGAUCCAAGACCGUGGGAAUACUGGAGAAAAGUUUGCACGUGGACUUUUGCGAGGUUGAGAAUGCAGUUUAUUACCUGGACACGAGUGUUGUUAGUUUGGAAGCGUUGCAGCAAAUAUAUGAAAUCAGACCAACGCAGAAAGAACUGGAGGACAUAAAAUCCUUCGAGGAAGCAAAUCCAGAAGUGCCCCUAGAUCGUCCCGAGGUGUUUCUCAAGAAGCUAUCAAGUAUAAAUCACUUUUCGGAGAGGAUAGCGUGCUUGAUGUUCCAGUCCGACUUCCAAGACGCCAUCUCCUCGUUGUCAUCCAAAUUAACAAAUCUGCGAACCACCUGCGACUUCCUACGAAACUCCAGUUCCUUAAAAAAAGUGAUGGCGUUGAUUCUCACUCUGGGGAAUUACAUGAACGGCGGAAACAGAACGAGAGGCCAGGCCGAUGGUUUCGGCCUAGAAAUCCUGGAGAAAUUAAGGGACGUCAAAUCAAACGUUCCAGGGGUCACGUUGCUCCACUACGUCGUGAAAGCGAGAUUGGCUCAAGAGAAGGAUCACAAUUUCGAGGAACCUCUUCCGUUGCCGAUUCCCGAACCGACAGACAUCGAGGCUGCCUCGACGAUCAAUUUCGACUACAUCUCUGGAGAACUCGACAGGUUACGGAAAGAAUUGCAAGUUUGUACAGAGAAGUGCAACCUCGUGGUGGAAGCUGACCCGGAUAACUCGGGCCCGUUUAAGGAGAAGAUGGAUUCGUUCUUCAGGGAAGCGGCGGAAGAGUUGGCGAAUGAACAGGAGGCUCUAGUGGAAGCCAAAAACAAAUUCAAGGCUGUGAUGCAGUUUUAUCAGUAUACGCCCAAGGGCAGCAAUCUGGACACCGCUGAUCCGAGCGCGUUCUUCAUUUUGUGGCUCGGCUUCUGCAGGGACUUCAAAGAUAUAUGGAAGAAGGAGCAACAACGAAUACGUAAGGAACGAGUGGAAGAAAUGCGAAAGAAAUUCGAGAACAAAAAUAAAGUUGAGAAAUUGAAAAUAAGCGCCACGGGAUUGAAAGCACGACUUCAGAAACUGUCACGUAAAUAAUGAUAUUCGUGAGAUGAUCUAUGGUCCGCAAGUUUUCAACGAGUCGCCUAAAAGUAUACGCCAGUCUUCGAGCGAGGAUACAAGAUAGUCUGUGACUGUUGCAAACAAAGAAGUUAGGCAGUCUCGGAUCGAUCGUCCGUUCUGUUCGAUCCGUCCCAAUUUAAGGCACUAAUUUUCUCGUCGAAUUUAAUCGGAAGUUUCAAAGAUUUCUAUAUACAUAGCUAUAUACGGUUCGUUUGUGAAUUUGUUAUUUGUAAAUAGGCUUGUUAAGUUUGUGAAUGAUUUGUAAAUACGAUAUACCGCGAUGUUCGAUAAUUAUAAUAAACGAUAACUUUUUACACGAA